GGCUGCAUGAAGUCGAACUCACCUAAAGAUGACAGGGCAGGGGUGUGGAGGGGACCUAGAUACGUUAGAGUGGUUUCUAAAACAUUACUGUAGUCAUCAGUGUCGCUUGCUUGCUUGUCUGUUUAUCGUUAGCUUAAGCAAAGUUACAAAAUUACAAGUAAACAAAACAUUAUAGCUGUAUUUUAAGACUGUGGUAAGGAGGAGCGCACCGUUGGUCAACUUGACGUCAAGUUUAAAAUACCUGGAUCCACGCGUGGCGUCUUGUGUCGAGCAGACAAUGAAACUACGACGAAAAAUACAAACAUUUUAACCAUGGAAGUCAGAUUUCUUACAAACGCAACGGACUACUAACUGUUAGGGAUUUCGGUUACUCGAGAAUACUGGCGUGCCUUCAUCUAUGUUGACCAAGAGAAAUUAGUUAUUAUUAAAUUAAUAUAAGAGUCGCUACGAAUCCCUGACCAAGAAGUCACAGAAAAGCCUUAUAAUGAUGUAUCGUGCUUUUUGGGAUACAAUAUUCAUUCUCACCGGCUCUCUUUUUACAUAUGGGCAGGUGCAAGAAAAUUCUACCUCAACUACAACCAUUGCAACCACCACCACAACAACAACAACCAUCACAACCACAUCAAGCACCACAAGCACCACGACGACUACAUCUACCACUACACGUGUCAGAAAGUUUAUAGCAGCUGCAGUUCACUCUCACUUUGAUGACUGCCCCGACUCCCACAGCCAGUUCUGUUUCCACGGCACGUGCCGCUUUCUCAUCCUGGAGGAAACGCCUGCUUGUGUUUGUCACCCUGGCUUCAUGGGUAUGCGCUGUGAACAUGCAGACCUCUUGGCAGUGGUGGCGUCCAAUCACAGGCAGCAGACUGUGGCUACCAUGCUGGUGAUGUGUGUGGUGGGCAGCGUACUGCUAAUGCUACUCUGCACUUUACUAAAUUGUUGGUGGAGACGUGGAGGUUGUGGGCGAUGUAACACCAUCUGGUGUUGGUCGGAGAAGCCUAGUAGUAUUCUGACGGGCGGGACGCCCUGCUGUCACGCAGAAACGGGAAAUGUUCCUUACACAGAAGUGGUUUGACGUGUUUUCUGGAGCCCAGACAUUUGCUUGAAAAGCUUCAUAAGAAAUCUUUCCCUGAUAUGUUCCACCUUACCACUCGACAAGACCGUGGCGGCUUUUUCAAGGUACAGACUCACUCAAUAUUGAGAGCAUUUCAGUUUGGGCAAUGGGAAAACGCAAAGCAAAAAUUGAACUUUUGCAAUGCAAAACGUUUUUUUUGGACAACAGCAAUUACAAGAACUUAACAAAGAUGUGACUCAAAAUCUGAGGACUCUUGACAGAAGAACUCAGAAAAAGCAACUUGGAACUCAAUUACAUGUCUGGAUGAUUUUUAAUCCUAAUGGAGUGACCAGAAUCAGAAUUCAUUCAGUAUACAUUAAUAUAAAGACAAGCUGAUAUAUAUACAAGAUCAGCUGAUUCAGAAGUGAAACUAUGAGAGGUUUUAAAGAAAUCAUUCUUACUAACAGAGCUAAACCCUUAAUAUUCUCCCAAUUUUUGUUUUUUUUAAAUACCACAAUUGUAUAUGAAAUCACUCUUGUGUGUAACAUGGUGUAACGGGAUGUAAAAUGCACUAAAACUUAGUUUAAGAUGUAGAUUUUAAUAUCACAUUUUAUCACAUGCCAUGGUUAAAGAAUGGGAGAUUAAAGGGAAACUCCACUUUUUUUGAAAAUAUUGUCAUUUUCUAGCUCCCCUAGAGUUAAACAUUUGAUUC